GUCUGUCUGAGUGGAUUCGUAUACUAUAUUGUGAUGAGAGUCACCACAACAAAUUCGUUGACAUGAGCCUUUCAUAUAUUUUUGAAUUAUACUGAACUAAAACCCAUUUAAAAGCCCAUUUAAAGACCCAUUAUAAGAGUAGAGAUACUCAGCCCAUUUAAAGAUAAAAUUACGUCAUAGCGAUUUUUCCAUUAAAAGAGUGAGGAAGAGACAAAAGUGAUUGAUUGGUCAGAAAAAAUGGAAGCGGCGAAGAAACAGAGUGUUACAAAUCAGCUUCUCGCCGUGAAAUCAGCUUCCGGCAAGACUUUUAGCCAGUUAGCCGCGGAGACAGGUCUAACCAACGUAUACGUAGCUCAGCUUCUCCGUCGUCAAGCUCAGCUCAAACCGGACACAGUCCCAAAGCUUAAGGAAGCUUUACCAGCUCUGACCGAUGAACUAAUCGGAGAUAUGAUGUCUCCUCCGUGGAGAUCCUAUGAUCCUAAUCUCAUCCAAGAACCCACUAUCUACAGGUUGAAUGAAGCAGUGAUGCAUUUUGGUGAGAGUAUAAAGGAGAUUAUCAAUGAAGAUUUUGGAGAUGGCAUCAUGUCGGCGAUAGAUUUCUAUUGCUCUGUCGACAAAAUCAAAGGAGUGGAUGGUAACAAUCGCGUGGUUGUGACGCUUGAUGGAAAGUAUCUUUCGCAUUCCGAACAGAGGACGGAGAAUAUGGUCUCAAGGCUAAAUCUCAAGGGAGGUACAAGCGAAUGAUAAGAAAGCCUUUACGUAUCCAUGAAGGCCUUAUUGUAAGUGGUAACGUUGUAAUACCUAUGUGUUUGUUUAUCUGUAAUAUAUGCAACUUCAGCAUCUAGAUUAAAAGCUGUUUCAGGUUGAAUAACAGUGAAUAAACAAAACUUAUAAAACCUUUCUAUGUUUAUCUUUAACAUCGUAAUCGAGUUCCGAUUCAUGCUUAAUAUCGAUUGAAUAAAGUUUCAGGCACUGCUAUGUACCCGAGAUGUAAUACUGUCGCAGAGAUCUUGAGUUACAUCAUAGUACUUGAUCUUGAACAAUAGCCAUUGCACAAUAACAGCUUGAGUAAAGGUUCACAAACAUUUCAGAUAUAUGGUCUGGACAGUGAAAGAUUGUUGGAACAGAAUGCAUAAUCAUGAAAGCAGAACUGUUUCAAGUGUCUAGGUAGUCUCUUGCAAAUUAUGAAACUUAACGGGAAACACACAGAAAAAACAACGUUAGACGAAACAUUUCCAGUCUGAAGUAUUAGUCCCAUUUCUUGAGUUAAAGCGGAGCUGUGGAAUGGAUCAUCAUUACCGAAUGCAGCUACGUUCCCUGGACGUGAGAAAAC